AUGACAAAAGCCCAAGAAUGGCUAAAUGCCAAUGUUCCAAAUAUAAAUCAAAGAGGCCAAAUAGUUCAAUUGACUAUAUAUCAGGCUGCAGGAACAAGUGUCAACCAAAACAAUGUAUUUACAUUUUAUAACUCAAAUUUGGAAGACGAAUUAAAUUUGAAUGAAUUUGUGAAUUUGCAACGAUUAUUUAUUCAAGGUAGCAACCAAAAUCAAAGGCAAGCUUUAACUGGCUUGAAGGUCAAUAAAUGCUUGAAAUUAAAUUAUAUACAAAUUGUGUUCACUAAUCUAAGUGAAUUAGAUUUUGAGAAAAAUUCAGCGUUACAGACUUUGUAUUGUCAUCAAAAUCAACUUGUUAAUUUGAACUUGGGGGGUAAUCCAGCUCUCCAAACCUUGAAUUGUUGUAAUAACAAAUUUACAAGUCUUAAUUUAAGUAAUGCUCCUGCUAUUACGACUUUAAAUUGUCAAUUUAAUCAAUUAAAUAGUUUGGAUUUAAGUAAGAACACCAAAUUAGUAAAUCUUAUUAAGGAUGCUAGGACUGAUCUUUACACUACGUUUUUGGGUAAUUUAAAUGAUACAAUGGAAGAGUUGAAAAAGGAAAAGGAACAAGCACAACGCCAAUUGAAAAGAUUAAUUGACAUAAUCAAACCUAAUAACAGUUUUGCCAAUACUAGUUUAAAAGGCGAAGUGGAAAAAAUUGAAGAGGAAAAUCUUACUCAGAAAUUGGAAAAUAAGAAGAGGGAACUAGAAAAAUUAAUUGGCGACGCAAAAAAGGAUCUUAAUGAAGAUCUACGGGAGUGGUUAGAAACUAUCCUAGAAGCUCAAUUAGAAAUUCUAAAAACUAAUAAUCCCUUUGCUCAAAAGCAAUCGGAAAAGGCUGAGAGAAUAUUAACUAGAACAUUACCUGCUGAAGUAUUGAAGAACCUUCUUGAUAAACAAAAAGAAGUCAAAUCACUAAGUGAAUAG